CCCGAAAACAUCAAGCCAUCAGUCCAUCUUUUCAUAUUUCGACGCUUGGCAGCGAAUCAACGCAGCCCAAAAAUGAGUAGCGAAAGGGAUUGCGCCCUUUGCCUAACCAGCGAAUCCAAAUGGCUACUGGACGUGUUUAGUGAAUCCAAUCGGGACCUGCAUAUGGCAUCGGUCAUAUCGAAACACCUGUGGUUUGAUCUGAAUCCCGCCAGCGAGCCUCACAUUUGUAUGGAUUGCUGGACCACCAUACACAACUUCCAUCGGUACUACACCAAGCUCGAAGCCCUCCACGAUCCGGACGAUGGAACCACAGUCGAUGAGUCGACCGCGAACGAUGAGAUGGGAGAGCUGAAAAAUAUUGAAUUCCUCGAGGAAGAUGCCGAGGAACUCCGGAUGCAGAUGAAACAGAUUCCCAAUGCUUCGUACGAUGGAAGCGACGAGCAGGAAAGUCCCAGCAGGGGCUCGGCACUUGAGAGAAAGAAGAACGAUCAGGAGUUUAGCCUUUUUGAAAUCGAGGUCGAGCAGGACGGAGAUGGAACGGUUUACCGACUGGAUGCAUUUGAAAAUCAAGAACAGACGGACCAACCCAAAUCAGAAACCCGCAAACAGCCUGUUAUAUUGAACGGCCAAAUGAAACCAUCCAGUGCCGGGGAAAGUUCAACCGUCGCUAUCGACUUCUUCGUACCGGAGGACGAACCGCCCGUCAAGCGUGGUCGAGGCCGCCCACGGAAGCAGAUCAAAGUGGAACCGGACACAUCGUUGCGGAUCAUUAAAAAAGAAAACAAUUCCAGCAUGGACGAGCAGAACACCUCCCUGGAUUCGACGGGUGGCAACGAUGAGCAAGUGCCUGUCAAGCGUCGCAGAGGUCGGCCACCGAAGAAUGCGAGUGUGCAGCGAAACGCCUCACCAAUCGUUCCCAACCCAAGGGCAAUAAAGAGGGAGGUUAAAACGGAGCGGGAAGACGAGGAUGCGCCGGACAGUGGUAGUGCCUCACGUCCCGAACGUAGAUCGACACGUGUGCGGAAGGCAAAAUAUUUCAGCGAUAUGGAGCAGGACAGCGAUGAGGAGCAGGAUGAGGAGGAGGAAGGAGAAGAGCAAGAAACAGAGCCGAGCGAAUAUGAACCGGGCGAUGAUCCGGAGUACGAGGCGAGGCUGCAGCUGCAACGGGAACUGAAUAUGGAUGAUUUUGCCUUCUACGAGUAUCAGUGCAGUCUGGAGAACGAUCACGGUGCGCGCGAUAACAAGAUCUUUCAGUACGUGGACGAGUUUGCGUGCCACAUCUGUGAGGAGAAAGUUACGUUCAAACGGUUUGCCGAAGCGCACUUGCACUACCGGGUGGAGCACAACCAGCCGCCGUAUCUGAAGUGUCCCAGAUGUGAGAAGAAAUGCCACACGCCGGGAAUGUUCGUGAGUCACAUGGAGACGCACGACGAUCCGGAGAAGAAUAAGUGCCAGAUCUGCGGCAAGUACACGGACUGUAACAUAUCGCUGAAGAAGCACAUGCGCGUGCACCAGAGCCAGCUGGAGGAGAAUCUCCCGUAUCCGUGCAGUUUGUGCAAGCGAAAGUUCGAGACGGAGGAUCUGCGGGAGAAGCACGAGAAGCUGCACGUGCCGAAACCGUACGUACCGAAGGAGAAAGGACCCGACCACGAGGUGCUGGACUUUUACAAGGUCAUCGCGUGCGAUAUAUGCGAGGAGGAGCAGACCGACUCGCCGACGUACGACAACUUGAGCGACCUGCGCGCCCACAUGGUGAAGGAGCACAACAAAAACAUGUACCUGCGGUGUCCCUAUUGUUCCACCAGGCAGGUCAACCGGCAACAGGUCAUCACGCACAUCGACAUGCACAACAAUCCGGAAAAGUAUCGAUGCGAGGUCUGCAAGGAGGUGCACCAGAAUCUGCAUCAACACAUGAUGAAGGCCCAUGCGCCAACUACGGCGGACGAGGCGGACAAAAAGUACAAGUGCGAUCAGUGUGGAAGGUCGUUCAACUUCCUGGCGAACUUAAAGAUGCACGUGGAUUGCGUCCACGGCGUGAAGGAUGUGAAGUGCAAUGUGUGCAACAAAUUCUUCAACUACAGAGCCUAUCGGACGCACAAGCGUACCGCGCACACCGACCUGAUGCUGAUGUGCGAGCUCUGCCCAAAGAUGUUCAAAAAUCGAAAGUCGUUCGAAGUGCACAAAGCUUCGCACGAGGGCCUGAUGCUACGCAUGACGAACUGUGUGCUGUGCGGUAAGCUCAUACGCACCUGCAGCAUGUCGAAGCACAUGAAAACGAUCCACUCGGAGGAGGAUCCGGUCAAUUGCGAUCUGUGCGGCAAAAUGUUCCGCACCACCUUCCACAUGAAGCGCCAUCAGAAGAACACGUGCGAGGUGACGAUGGAUUCGCGCUCCUUCAAGUGCGAGGUGUGCGGCAAGGGUUUCUCCACCAAGCUGACGAUGAUGGAACAUAUGACGACGCACACGCGCACCAAUCAGUAUCAGUGCGCGUUCUGCUUCAAAUCGUUCGGCUACAUCUCGAACCUGUACAAGCACCGGAAAAAGGCACACCCGCUCGAGUGGCAGGAGGUGCAGGCGCACCCGGAAGAAAACAUUGCAUCGGUAAUCGUCGUUCGAAACUGAAGUGCUGUGGUUUUCUGUUUUCUUUACCUUUCUUUUGAUAAACUUUCAUUUUGGCCGUUUACUGUACAGAACUUAGCAGUUUCUUUUCCACCCGACCACAUUAACAGAUGGGACUUUUGUAUGCGAAAGUGUAUAGUGAGGAUUAGUUUAGCAAUAAAAUAUUUUCCAUAUUUGCGCUCGGUAGAACGCAUUUCGAAAGUGGUGAAAAAUGUUGCUUCGUCAAACAAAUUCCGAAAAUCUAACUCAAAUGUCCGUUGCACAUUUCAAAUGCAACGGGAUUGCUCACACUAACACACACUCUCACACGCGAAGGCACUUUUAUCAGCAACGCUACCCGAACGCUGCGCCCGAGCUCCAGUUUACGCUCUUUGUGGCCACGAGUACGGUCGUUACUUUGUUGGACGAUAUUCAGAUUACGAAUCGUGUCUACGACGACGACGGUGCAGUAAUCCUUCCGCUUUGCACUUGCAUUAACGCGGAUGCAGGUCGAGAGAGUAGCGGGUUGAACGCGACACUGGGCCGAACAACAGAGCAAUUCGAACGCUACAGUUGAACCUUGGCGGAGGUACAUUUUCUCGUAGUGCUACAAUUGAAGCGAAGUGUGGAUAAGAAGGCCGAGCAGCAAUUAAGUGAUAAGCGACGAAGACUAUCAGAAAAAGCACAAAGUAUAAUGGUUCGCCUAUUGACCUAAUCGCCAAAGACUAGCGCACUGUGGUGUUGCCGUGGGCAGUGAAUCUGUUUGUAAUAUGUGUCUGGAAUAAAGCGAAUGAAUGGUGAAAGUGUUCAUGAGCGGCGUGUUCAUUUGAAAAGUGCACCCAAAGAGAAACUGCAACAGGCAGAGCAAGCGUGAUCUUUUGCAUUUCGAGGCGGCAGUGGGCUGAGUGUCCUUGUCGUCCUUCUUUACCUGCGGUCCAGGCAAGGACGUGCGUUAUUGGUUGAAGGAGGCGAACGAGAAAGGAGAAACGCAGCCGAAAAUGUACGCCAAGCUGAACGGUCGCACUGUUGCUGGGAACGGACGAAGGUACCACCAACAGCAUAGCUACUGCUGGCUGCUGGCCUGGAUAAGUGCAGCAUUUUUGCUCGCAUCUAGACACUCCGGCAUAAUGCCUUGCCUGAACGUAAG